AUGGAAAAAUUACUCUUAGUCUCUCUGCUACUAAUCUCAGUUUCAGUAGCAACUUCACAACCCAUUCCCGAUCCGGCGACUUUCCUCCGGUGUAUCGUACGAGAGGGAUCGAACCCGCAGACUUUCACAUCCGCCGUCACCUACAUCCCAACAAACUCCUCUUUCACCGCCGUCCUCCGCCGUCGCAUACCCAACCUCCGUUUCGACAAACCCACAACCCAAAAACCCCUCGCCAUCGUCACCGCCACCACGCAGGGCCACAUCGGAACGGCGUUAGCAUGCGCCGGCGAGCUCAACAUCCAGGUCAGGAUCCGAAGCGGAGGCCACGACUUCGAAGGACUCUCAUACACCUCCACCGUCCCGUUCUUCGUCCUCGACAUGUUCAGUCUCAGACACGUUGACGUCAAUCUCACCGAGAAAACGGCUUGGGUCGAUUCCGGCGCUACGAUCGGAGAGCUUUAUUAUCGAAUCGCCGAGAAGAGCAAUGUCCUCGGGUUUCCGGCGGGUUUGUGUACGACAUUGGGCGUUGGUGGACAUUUUAGCGGCGGAGGGUACGGAACGAUGAUGAGAAAGUACGGAUUGUCCGUGGACAACGUUGUCGGAUCUGCGAUUGUCGAUUCGAACAGGAAUACGUACGCCGAUAGGGUUUCGAUGGGAGAAGAUCGGUUCUGGGCGAUUCGAGGAGGUGGGGCGGCGAGUUUCGGACUUGUGCUCGGAUACAAAAUCCGGUUGGUUACGGUGCCGGAGAAAGUUACGGUCUUUAGCAUCGGAAAAACCGUCGGAGAAGGAGCCGUCGAUCUUCUAGUGAAGUGGCAGAGUUUUGCUCAUAGUACAGAUCGGAAUCUGUUCGUGAGGGUGACGUUGACUCUGGUCAACGGUACAAAGCGUGGUGAAAAAACGGUUUUAGCUUCUUUUAUUGGGAUGUAUUUAGGCCGGUCUGAUAAGACUUUGAACGUGAUGAACCGGGAUUUCCCGGAAUUAAAGCUGAAGAAAACCGAUUGUACUGAGAUGAGAUGGAUCGAUUCGGUCUUGUUCUGGGCCGGUUAUCCAAUUGGCACACCGACUUCCGUGCUGUUGAACUCGACGGUAGAGAACAAGUUGUUCAUGAAACGGAAAUCAGAUUAUGUGAAGCGUCCGAUUUCGAGAACCGGUCUUGGUUUAAUACUCAAGAAAUUGGUAGAGGUUGAGAAAGUUGAAAUGAAUUGGAAUCCGUACGGUGGAAGAAUGAGUGAGAUCCCGAGUUCGAGGACGCCUUUCCCACACAGAGCAGGCAAUUUGUUCAACAUUGAGUAUGUUAUAGAUUGGUCUGAAGCUGGAGAUAACGUGGAGAAAGAUCAUUUGGCACGUGGGAGAGAGAUGUAUGAAUUCAUGAGCCCGUAUGUGUCUAGUAAUCCGAGGGAGGCGUUUUUAAAUUACCGUGAUCUUGACAUAGGCUCAAGUGUUAAUUCCACUUACGAGGAAGGUAAAAUCUAUGGGGUUAAAUAUUACAAAGACAAUUUCGAGAGGUUAGUGGAUAUUAAAUCCACUUAUGAUGAGAUAAACUUUUGGAGGAACGAACAAAGUAUUCCGGUACGAAGAUCAUAAAGAACACACGAGUGUUGUGAAUUGUGACAUCACUGACAUGUAUUAAUUUUUUCGGUCAAUAAAGCAAUGAAUAU